AUCAGGUUCCCCCCCCCCCCCCGAGGAAAAUAUUGCUUUGAAGUCUGAGAAAUAAAUGCUCAGAGUGCAGCAUCUGUUCCACUUCCAGCACACACACACACACGACAGUUUUCUCCUUGGGUCAUGAGGUUUCAAACAUGGUGUCUUUGAGAGUUCAGUGAUAAAGCUGUAAAGGGGCGGGGGGGGAUCUGACUUCCAGCUUGUUAAUUUGUAUUUAAAUGUUUCUCAGAAUAUCCUCGCACUAUUUUCAGUUUGGCAUUAAUGCAUUCAAAAUCACAGUUCUUGCGGUUUUGUAGACUGGAAUUUGUAGAAGUCCAUUUCAUUACAAUGAGUUUCUGCUUCAAGCAGUUCCUUAGUCCCAGUCCUGGGUGUUGUUUACCCUGUUUUACAGCCCUUUAGAAAACAGCGUUUACUGAAGUAAAUGUAAAUAUUCUGGAUAGUUGGUGUUUUUAAAUUUAGUUCCCCCCCCCUACUCAUUUUGGCAGUCAACAAACCCCUUUUUUUCUGUUGCUUUUAUUUCCCGUGAAUAAAUAAUUAAAACCUCACCGUGUUAAUAGGCCCCAGUCCCGGAACAAGUCAACGGUUAUUACCGUUCUGCGAUACCGACGCGAGGUGGGGGUUGAGUGUUAUCGAGAGCUGCCGAAAUAUAAAUCAGGAGGCCAUUCUUCCCCGUAGGCUGUCGCUGGGCCGCACCAGCACGUCCCCCCCCCAGCGUUGAGUGCAAAACAGUAAAUCAGAAGGGGGACAAUGGCACAGCACAGCGGUAAGCCUCUCUGAAACAGUGCCACGGCAACCGGGUCAAAAGGUUGUCAGGGUCUGUGCCAGCGGUCCUUGUGACCCUUUACUCACCACACCAUCAUUAAACCCAUUGGGGCUCCAAGAAGAGACGCGUUUCCCAGGUCUGAACGUCACCGUCCCCAAUCCCAGAAGGCUGCGUUCCGACUUGCGCCGGCUGUUCGACGCACAAACGCAUCUGGAACGCAAAUAUUUCAAUGUGUGACUUCACUGUUGCAGACAGGAGGAGCCAGUGAAUCAAGAGUGACAUUUUAGCCCAUUGCCGGAUAUUUAUCCAUUUUUGGCACCAAACCAUGAGUCGCGUCUCAGAGAAUACCGCGGUGCAGCGCGUUGGGAUUACCGCGUGGACAACUCGUCAGUUCUUGAGCUCUUCUGAAUGCUUACCGUAAAACUGAAGUAAGCGCGAGCGCAGACAAAGAACGAGGAACCACGCGAAAGGUCAGCUCAUCUUCCGCGUCUGCGGGCUGCCGGGCGCGGUGGAAAAAUGACACCUUUGACUUUUUCCCCAUUUUCGGGCACGGCCGACCAACUACCCUCCGACCGACUUUCCUGGAUCCCGGACCCUGCGAAGAAAUCAGAGUUGCCCCCUUCCGCAUCCCGCCGCACGUCUGUUCAUCGUUCGGCGUACACGUCAAAGUCGAAGAAAAGGCGUGGAACAAAUUACGAAGAAGUGUGAGCUGUUAAAAUGACUGACGAAGAAUACAGAUGUUUCUAGUUAAACGGUAUUGCGGUGAGCGGUGCAUUUUACUGCAUAUGAUUUCACCCUUCAGAGCUCAUUGAGUAAAAAUCUGGGUGCGAACGGUGCAGAGUCCUUGUAGCGGGUUGGGCUUAUCCAGCGAGACUGGACUAGCUUCACCCUUUACUUCUGCUUUUAAGAUGUAUAAAGAGUGCAGCGGAGGUGCUGCUGGGCAGUAUAAGCGCCCACACGGUGCUGCUGUUGACAUGAGACCACUGACCUUCUGGCUGUUCUGCAUCUCCAUCCUCAACGCGUACCCCAGAAUUUCCCACAGCAAAGAUGCCUCGAGAGGUCUGAUUCCGCAGGAAGUGAGGUUCCGCUCGCUGGACUACAGCAACGUUCUGCACUGGAAGCCCCAAUCCUACACCAACAAGGGCCAGAAGUUCUUUGUCCAGUACAAAGUCUACGGGGACAAGCAGUGGACCGACGUGACCCAGUGCCAGGGAAUCAGCCAGACCUCCUGUGACCUGACCCAGCAGACUUCAGACCCCAGGGAGUGGUACUACGCCAGGGUACAGGCAGCCCUCCACGGAACACAGUCUGGAUGGGCGCUGAGCCCCAGGUUCAACCCCUACUGGGAGACAUCAGUGAGCCCUCCCGCCAUGAGGCUGAGGGCAACCGAGCAGGGUGUCGUGAUCCGGCUCAGACCUCCGCGGUCGCCCUACAGGAGACGCCGAGGGAGCUUCAUCUCUAUGAGGAAGCUACAGAAACUGACCUUCAGAAUAUUCAUUACCCACGAUGGGGUCUUGCAGGAAACACUCGAGGUGGAGGGCUGUGUCACUGAGCUAGUGGUCAAAGACCAAAAUCCAAGGACCACCUACUGCUUCCAGGUGGAAGCCCACCUCCUGCAACAGGGGCGCAGUGGCACGAGGAGCAAUCCAACGUGCAUCACCACUCGAUGAGCCCCAGCCGGGAGGCUCAGGCCCCACUUCCAGACGCCACAUGCACAGGCCCACCUGAAGCAGGAACCGGGUACAGAGUAUCUGUGGACAAAUUCUGAAUUACCUCAAGCUUUGCGUGCUCUGUGGUUCAACAAUGCUUUACGGUGUCGAUGUCACUGCUGUUCCCAGACAUCCAGCAGCGUGUCAAAGUAAUAAAAAUGUGUAACAAGUCUGAACUAAUUCUGUAAAAGAUCUUUGGUGUUAGUCAUAUCAACACCCCCCCCAUCCCCACAAGUGAAACAUAAUAAAUCUUUGAACCUUUUUAUUCAAGCUUUACACAGGGUAGAAAAAUAGAGACAAGAUGAGUCCUCAGAAUAUUUUUCUACAACAGGAAACAGAAGUAAUGCAAUAUCGUUCAGAAGCCAACCAUGUAAGUCCGACAUUGAAGAACUUGUGUUCUUGUGACUGAGGAAUUACUUUACACCUUGCACAUGAAAAUAUUUAAUCUGAGGUCACGAUCAUGCAAGUCUAACUGAUGUAAAGCAUGGAAUCGGCAUCGUACAAGGAAUUAAUUUCAGAGGGAAAUACAAUUCUUUUGGUUUUGAUUUUCCAAUAUAACGUCAGGACUAACAGUUACUUGUCAAAGAAAUAAAGAAAAUGCUUAAUAAAUACACUGUAUUUGGAUUGUAGAAGGUAGAGAACCAAAACAAUAGUGUUUUGAGAUUCAUGUACAAUAAAUUAAACCACUGCUGCAUGGAAAACUCACAUUUGGAGUUUGAUUAUACAGGCCACAGCAUUACGUUUGCAGGGUUCGUGUAGACAGUACAGACACGAGGUACUUAAACUACUGAAACGAUUUUACAGGAGUGAAAAAAGGAUGUGUUGCCCUCUGCUUCUAGUAAAGGGUACUUAAGAGCUUCCCGUUUCCUUGGGUACGGCGGCUAACAACAACCCCCAGGGCACAUAAACCUACGGUAAUCUAGAACAGACACAAAGUAAUGUGCAUGAGGAAUGAACGCAUCCUGUUAUAAAAUAAACACACAAAUUAAAUGUCCAAGGAAUUUAAAGUAACCAAAAACAGGACUAUGUACACAUCAUUAAAAUAGGGGUGAGGGAGUUUGACGUUUAUGGUACACCACAAACUGCUUGCUGACAUGUAAAUUCUGCCCAAACUGGUAACAGAAGCUUUGGUGAAAAGGCAUCAACAAACUAUUUCUUGGGCCUUAAGAUAAUAGCUUCUUAUUUACUGGAUCGCACAGCAUGAGCGCGAGUGACCCCGUUUGAUAAAACUCAAUACACGAGUGCACUGGACAUCACGUGGGAUACUCCGAAGGAAGGAAGGAAGAUGUCACUGUUUUUCAACACAACUUUGCAGUCUGUAUUCAUGAAGUAAGACAUAACAUUGUAAAUACUCAUUGUUUUAAAAAAA